AUGCCGCCUCGAAGGUCUGUUAGACGCACUAGCGGAACGCAAGCAAAUCCACCACCGCCGCCUCCCCAAUAUGAUCUUGUUAUGUUCCAAGUUGCGGUCACGGCCGCGGUGGCAGCUGCUAUGUCCCAAAUCAGCACUGAUGGUGCAGGACGGACAGGGAGCGAAAUUGAAUUGACAAGAACAUUGCUGAAUCGAGACACACACCUAUAUGCGGCGCAUGAAGAAAGACAUGGUUUUCCGGGUAUGCUUGGGAGCAUUGAUUGCAUACACUGGAACUGGAGAAAUUGCCCCUUGGCGUGGAACUGCCAGUAUUCAAGCGAUUAUCAAGGAGCGCCUUCGUUGGUAUUAGAGGCUGUUGCUUCACAAAAUUUAUGGAUUUUGCAUGCUUAUUUCGGGGUUGCGGGUUCCAACAACAACGUCAAUGUUCUUGAUCAAUCACCAAUAUUUGACGAUCUUUUGUCAGGAAAAGCACCGGAUGCUCCUUUCACAGUGAAUGGAAAUGAAUAUAAGUUUGGGUAUUACCUUACAGAUGGAAUAUAUCGACCAUAUUCCACGUUUGUGAAGGCGUUUCGACACCUAAUAGACCCAAGAGACAAAUAUUUCAAGAGACGACAAGAAGGAGCACGUAAGGACGUUGAAAGUGCUUUUGGGGUUUUGAAAUCAAAAUGA